AUCCCUGUGACGGCCCCGCCUACUGCCAGCUGUGUCAUAACACAAGCAUGAUCUGAUGGCAGACGUGUGUGUGGUGCCCUUCACAAAGUUUGUUGUUGUGCCGUAGCCUAUAUUGUCAACAAUUAUGAGCCUACUUCAGCUCUUGUUAUUUUGUUUUUUUAUUCAUGACACAUCCGCAGCCUCUAUUACGAGGAUCUCCAAUAAGAGAAAUGACAGGCCAAUUAUUGGUGUGUUGGCCCAAGAGGUGUAUAAACCACAGCCAAAGCAGAACUCCUACAUCGCUGCAUCUUAUGUCAAAUUCCUGGAGGCAGCCGGAGCCCGAGUGGUCCCUGUGAUGGUCAAUCAAACCGAAGAGGAAUACACUCAGUUGUUCAAGUCCAUAAAUGGUGUCCUGUUUCCCGGCGGUGGAGUUAGCCUUGUGUCCUCAGGCUAUGCCAAAGCUGCUGGAAUCUUUUAUAAGCUUGCCAUCGAGGCUGCGUCCCAGGGAGACUACUUCCCAGUGUGGGGGACAUGUCUGGGCUUUGAACAGCUGCUGCUCCUGACGUGUGGCGAGGACCUUCUGUCUCACACCAACACUACUGGGGUUUCUCUGCCACUGAAGUUCACAAAGGAUGCAGCCGAAAGCAGACUAUUCCGAUCGUUUCCACCAAGUUUGAUGGAAGCUCUGGCAUCCGAAAACAUCACUGAGAAUUCCCAUACCUGGAGCAUCUCUGUAGAGAAUUUUCUAAGGAAUGAGGCCUUAAAGAAAUUCUACAAAAUUCUGAGCACUAACACUGAUGGAGAAACCGAGUUUGUGUCGACCAUGGAGGCCUACAGUUACCCUGUGUAUGCAACGCAGUGGCACCCAGAGAAGAAUGCCUUUGAGUGGAGCAAACCGUAUUACACCCACACACCGUCUGCUAUUCAAACCACCUUCUACAUGGCAAACUUCUUCGUCAAUGAGGCAAAGAAGAAUUUUCAUUCAUUUGCCAGCUUAGAUGAGGAAGAGAGACACCUGAUCUACAACUACAACCCUGUGUUCCCUGGAGUGGCCUCCACCUUCCAACAGAUCUACUUCUUUGAGUAGGAACUUUAAGGCCAGUUUACAGUCCAGGUAGAAAAAAAAGUACCACUUGACAAUUCAGGGUCAUCCCUCUCAACCUGUCAGCCUGUAUAAUAUAUUCUGAAAGAUUGAGAAUUAUUUAUCGUCACUUUUCAUUGUCUUUUUUUACUUUUUAUUUUAGUAAUCACUAUUUUCUAAUCAAAUAAUUAUUUCAACAUUAAAAGUUGGCUACUAAAUAAUUUAUCAUGCACAUAUACAGGUCCUUCUCAAAUAAUUAGCAUAUUGUGUUAAAGUAAUUUAUUUUCCCAUUUUUAACACAAUAUGCUAAUUAUUUGAGAAGGACCUGUACUUAUGGAGACUGGCCAGUAGUACUGAUUUAGUGAAUGGGAUUUAAGCGAAUGGGAUUUAUAUUUUAUAAUGAACAAAAAAGUGAAUAUAAAAUAAUAAUAACAAAAAUAGUUGAGAUACAAGGUUUCUGCUGGACAGCAACGAUAUAUUCUUGCACUAGAGUAUACCUCUGCACUGACAAAAAAAUCAAUACAACAAACAACAUGGAGCACCUUCUGUGACCUCUGAGUUGGUUUCAGGAAGGCCCAGACUAAGGAAUGUGGUAGUAUGCCUAACUGACCUGUUUAAAGAUGUUUUGAUUCAGCAAGUACUUGCAUCAUCUUUGCAGACAGAGUUAAUUGGCUUCAUUUAUUUAUUUUUAAUAAGCGGAGAUUAUGACAUUAAGUGACUUGCGAGAGAGGGAUGGGGCAGGGUUGGGACAUGACCCAAGCUGGAUUCGAACCUGGGUCUCUAUGGGCAUGCAAGCCCUAACAUGGGGGGGUUUAGCAGCGUGCUCUGCCACAGUGCCCCCCAAUUGGCUUCAUGUUACACGCACCAGGGCUCUUUGCCUCAGUGAUCCGCACUUAAGUUUUGUCAAUAACAUUUUAUUUUCUUCAUAACUCAAUCAUAUCAGAUUCAAAAAUAUUCUCUAGUGCCUUGCUGGGUUGUGCUACUGAUUGUAUGUCACAAAGGGAUAUUUUCCUUUGCAUUUGUACCAUGUUUUUUAUUCGAAUUGUCUUUGUGUAUUUUCAAUCUGUGUAUUUAGGGUGGGUUUGACAAUGUGGGCUUGAUAAUGAUUUGAUUCCUUCAGAAUUCAUUAUUUAAUGAAAAUUGAUUUUUAUUUUUCUAUUUGACAAGGUGUGUGUUUGUGUGUGAUUUUCAUCUUUGUUGAAAAUCACGUGUGUGUGUCACUUCACUUUUUAAGGAACUUUAUAACUUAUGAAAUGCUUGGUUAGGUGGCCAUAGCCGGUCUGUAUUUUGUGCAUUAAAUUCUGACUAUGCUGGUCACAAAGAACACAAUUUUUCGUUGUUCUGUCAUAUUUGUCUUAUAAAGUACAGUGUGUGAUAUAAAGUCAUGUCCAUUUUCAA